AUGGAAACUCAGCCGGCAAGGUCUGCAUCUACUCCUGGCCGCGUUAUCGUCUAUCAUCAGACACACCAUCAGCCCAACAAUGGCCCACCCGUGUCCCUGCUCCCUUUGCUAGCCAACCAGACCGGCGUUACGCACGUCAUCAUUGCAGCGAUUCAUCUGAACGAACCUGGAGAUAAUAUCAUCACUCUUAACGAUCAUCCACCCAAUCACGAGAAGUUCAAUACACUCUGGGCCGAAGUUGCAUGGCUCCAAGCGAGUGGUGUGAAAUGCCUGGGCAUGCUCGGAGGAUUUGCGAAAGGUUCCUACGAACGCCUGGAUGGUGACGAUAUUGCUCGUUUUGAAUCGUACUACGCCCCACUACGAGACAUGAUUCAAACACAUCAUCUCGAUGGUUUGGAUCUUGAUAUCGAAGAGCCCACGUCUUUGCCUGGGACAAUUCGUCUAAUAGAUCGCCUCCGAGCAGACUUUGGCCCUCAAUUUCUGAUUACGCUUGCACCUGUAGCCAGUGGACUUCUACCAGGUCAGCCCCAUCUCUCUGGGCCCGCUUUUGAAUACAGGAUGCUCGAGCAAUUGCGCGGGCAUGAAAUUGCUUGGUACAACGCCCAAUUCUACUGCGGAUGGGGAGACGCUGGGACCACUGCUUGGUAUGAUGCGAUCAUCUCAGUGGGUUGGAAGCCGGAGAAAGUGGUCAUGGGACUCAUGACAAACCCCGCAAACGGUCCUGGACAUGUGGAGUGGCCCCGACAGCAAGGUGUGCUUCUCGCUCUCCGAUCGAAGUAUCCCACGUUCGGUGGAGUCAUGGGCUGGGAGUACUUCAAUGCCCUACCUGGCGGCGAUGCUAGACCCUGGGAGUGGGCAGCGAACAUGGGCUCGGCGAUGCGGGCUGUUGUUCCUGCUCCAAUACCGACUCAGCAAAUGCCAAUCCGACCUUACGGACAGCCAGCUCCUGCUGCGCUACCAAGGCCGGCUCAUAAUUUCCCCGCAGAGUCGAUUUCGACAUUGAAAGAUUUAGGCUUCAGUGAGCAGCAGGCAAUCGCUGCUCUGAACUCAACUGGUGGCAACGUCGAGUACGCGGCUGGACUGCUCUUCCAGGAUUGA